CCCCGCAGGGCCCGCCCGGGGCGGGAAAGGGCGGCGGCCGGGGGGCGCGGGGCUCCGCCUCGGGAUGGCGGGCGGGGCCGAGCCUGGGUGCGGCGGGCGUGCAGAGCUGACGGUCGCUCCGGGGUUGUGCGGUGGGUCGAGGCAGUUGCAGUGCAGCAUGGCUGACCUCAGUCUUGCAGAUGCAUUAACAGACCCGUCUCCAGAAAUUGAGGAAGAGAUAAAACGGGACUUCAUUGCCACACUGGAGGCAGAGGCCUUUGAUGAUGUUGUGGGAGAAACAGUUGGAAAAACAGACUAUAUUCCUCUCCUGGAUGUUGAUGAGAAAACUGGGAAUUCAGAGUCAAAGAAGAAACCGUGCUCAGAUACUAGCCAGAAUGAAGGCGUUUCGUCUUCUGACCCACCCGUGCUAGCCAACGGUGACCACGGACCGGGAGGGCGUGACGCUGCAGGGUCUCUGACUGGAUUCCUUGAGGAGAAAAUGGCCUAUCAGGGACAUCAGAACAGCCAGAACUGGGCAGAAAAUACAAAUUAUUGCUUCGAACCUGAGCAAGUAGUGAAUCCUGUGCAGACUGAUUCCUUUACGAAGCACCGUGAUGUGGGCCUGGAAGAUUUGCUCUCCCUCCCCAGUGGGGCAGCCACUGCUGCAGCAUUUGCAGAGCAGAAUGAUGCCCUGAAAGACAGCAUUGGUCUGUUUCCCUGUGAUGCACUUGCUCCUGUGGCUCCCGGGUGGCCUGGGGAGGCCCCGGACCUCCCCCACUUGGAACCCUGUGUUCGCACAGGGCAGGUUACACAGCCCCUGCAGCCCGCAGCAGAGCCGGCCAAGGCAGUAGAGGCGGCGCCAGCAGAAGCGGUGGCCGUGGCAGUAGGGCUGAAGGCUGUGGAUGUGGCACCCGCCUCAGAAACAGAGGCGGCAUUAGCUGAAGACACGGGACCAUGUGCCGAAUCAGAUGUUGCUCUUGCCAAGGACAUGGAAUCAUCCAUCACAUCAGAUACGGCCCUAGUCAAGGGCGUGUUACUGCCUACUGAAGCAGAGGGAGCCCCAGCCAAGGAUGUGAUACUUUUGACAGAAACCGGGAGGACUCCAGCUGAGGGCAUGGUACCACCCACAGACAGAGAGCUGGCCCAAGCCGAGGGCACAGUUUCACGCUCAGAAACAGAGGAAUCCCUGGCUGAGGAUGUUGUGUCAUCCACAGAAAUAGCGUCAGCCAGGGAGGUGGCCUUGUCCUCAGAUACAGAGCUGGCCCUGACCAGGGACAUGGCUCCGUCCCCUGGGACAGAGGUGGCCCUGGGCAAGGACUUGGCUCCGCCCCCAGAGACAGAAGUGACACCAGUCAAGGAUGUGGCUCCGCCCCCUGGAACAGAAAUGACACCAGUCAAGGACAUGGCUCCGCCCUCUGGGACAGAGGUGGCCCUGGGCAAGGACAUGGCUCCGCCCUCUGGGACAGAGGUGGCCCUGGGCAAGGACAUGGCUCUGUCCCCUGGGACAGAGGUGGCCCUGGGCAAGGACAUGGCUACGCCCUCUGGGACAGAAGUGGCCCUGGGCAAGGACAUGGCUCCGUCCCCUGGGACAGAAGUGACACCGGGCAAGGACAUGGCUCCACCCCCAGAAAUAGAGAUGGCCCUGGGCAAGGAUGUGGCUCUGCCUGUUGGAACAGAGGUGGCCCUGGGCAGUGAUGAUAUUCCAGCUAAGGAAGUUGUGCCACCCUCAGAAACAGAGGUGGCACCAGUUCCAGUGAAGGAUGUGGAAAUUGCUCAGAUGCAGGAAGAAAUACAUGAGGACUCCCAGUUAGACUCUCUCCAGGAUGCGGGACAGUCAGUGGCACCUGCAUUCAUGAUCCCACCAGAACCUGUCAUAUCCACGGGCCAGAAGUACAGCCUGCCAACAGAUGAGGAUUCUGCAUCACAGAAGUUAGUGGAGAAGAAACCACCUGGUGGUCAGCCGUGGGAGCUGUCUUCUGAGACUGCAGGUCUCUCUCCCCUACGAGCCAGACCAGGGUGCAGACCCAGUGACCGCAGGUCUGCCUGGCCCGGGCCUGUCGGGGUUCCUCCAGAGCUGCCAGGAGGCUCUUCUCCACAGAAGACCCUCGACCCUGGCCUGGGCCCCUGCUCUGUGCCUGCGCCGGCCCGGCCCCCUGGCUUGUCUUCCUGUGGAGGGGCCGGGGGCCAAGGGAGGAUGGUUCCUAUUGACUUUCUUGAGCCCCAGCAGGAUCUGGGCAGGGAGGCCUGGGAGACGGAGAGCAUGCCAGCAAUGAUGAAGAAGAAGAGGAAGAAACCAAAGCAGAAGAGAUACUCUCAGCCCCGGGCUGGGCGGCUUUGGGACGAGGACAAGGGCAGUGCAGGCGAGCCCCAAGGCCAUCCCCUUGUGGCUGACCCGCGCAGAUCCGGUGCUCUCCCUAGCCAGCCUGCCACUGUGGGCACGGAGUGUGCAUCUGCACCCAGAGAAAACGUGAGGAAAGGAUGUGCAAGUGGCCCCCGAGCAGCAAGGCAGGCGGCUGAAGACUUUGUCUCAGGAAGUCUCAGUGUCCCCCUAGGUCCUUUGGAAGAACCCCCCAAAACUGCAGCAAAUCCUCAGCCUAAGCUGAGCAUGGAGGCAGAGGUCAAAGGUGACAAGUCAGUCCAGCAGGACCGAGACAAGAAAUUGCUCCAGCAGGAUGAAUGCAGACCACAGCCUGUGCCCCCACUGCAGCCUCCUGUGGGUGAGAGCCAGGCCCUCGGCCCCCUCACUCAGAAAGAACCCCCGGCAGAAGCCUCUGCACACGCAGAAGUCCCUCUGGAAGCCAGAUCCAAAAUGGACUGCCCUCCUGUCUUGGACCAAGAGGCUUUGGAUGGAGUUUCAAAACCCACUGCAGCAAAAGAGCUGCCUGAUUUGAUGCCCACUUUGCGAGCGAGCAGCCCUGUAGGAAGCAGUGCCAAGCAAGGGAGUGGCGGACAGAAAAUGACCGAGUUGCAGAACAGCAAAUGCAGAGGGCUUCCUGAAGGAGCUGAAGAGGCUCAAGAGCUAAACAUCAGGAAAGCUCUUCCUGAGCACAGACUCAUGAGCACCUGUGUGUCUGAGCAGCUACAGGGCAGGGUGUUGGCUCAGGAUCCUGGGCCUGUGGGCAGGCCCUUCCAGGGGAUGACAGCGGGUGGCAGGAGCAGGAAGGGGAGGGGAAGUCCCAGGCAGGUAGGGGCAAGGUCUGAGCCGCUGUUUUCUCCGGACAGCCAGAGGGACGGCAGAGCUGCUCUUGGGCCCAGUGAGCUGGCCCCUGAACACGAGAGAAUAACACUUGGGGACAGGAGCCCGAAGCUGGAGCUGGGGCCGGGCCAGGUCGAGCAGCCAGGGGCGGAGGUGCAUCACAGCGAGGAGGCUGCGGGGGCCAGGGCGCUGCAGGAGCUGGCUGCCCAGCCCGGGGUGGCAGGCGCCUUACAGGCACCGGUUCCUCUGGGAGGCAGGUCAGGCGUCACUCGGACCUCCAGUGCUAGAACAGGAAGUGGAGUCUUAGCCACAGACACGGGUGUCAGGGACCAGAGUGCAGGAGGAACAUGUCCUUGGGUGGGUCGUGAGGCGGCUUCCUGGGUUUCUGAAAAGCCUAAGAAAAGAAGCAGUGAAGGCAAAAACAAAAAGUUUAAAAACAAUUAUUCGACACAGCCUGCUAGAAUGGAGAGCAAGGGAGAAAUCCUCAGCUUAUCUUCUGUAGGGAAGGGUGGAGACGCAGGUCGUACCUCCCAUCCAGACAGGGAAUUAGGGCUCGCUUUCCCCAAAAGUCAAGAUCCUUUGUUUUCAUAUUCACCGGGUGCACCCGUAGUGAAGCUGGGUGGUGGGAAGGGUAGCCUUGUUGAGGGAGAUUGUUCAGAGCUUGAGGCUCUUGGCAGGAACAAGGAUUCUGCUGCUUUUGAACCAGCUGCCACGGUGAUGGGUGUGAGCAGCCAAGAUCCAGUCCAGGGGCUGACACUUGUCCCUUCAGUCCCAUCUGCAGAGAAUAAGGCUGGUGCAGCCACAGGGCACACCAGAGUGGCCGAGCAACCAAAUGACAGCAGUGAUGGUGGAAAAAGUAAAAUGGUUCAAAGUAGCUUUUCUGAAAAGCACAUUCUAGGGAAUAAGAGAGAUGCAACAAAAAUACAUGUUCCCAUGGAAACCAUAGGGGACCCCGCAAGUGAAGGAGUCAGAUAUGUGGAUGAAAAUAGAAAUAUUACAUUCACCUGCCCCAGAACACCACUGGGGGUGAUGAGUGAGGCAGGCCCUUUAGAGGCUGCAGGGUCAGCAGCCUGUGAACUACCCACCCCUGCUCCUCAAGUAGUAAAGGAGGGCGAUUCUUUUGCAGACACCUUGGCAGGAAGUAGGCAAGAGGCUGCCCAGGCCCACAUUUCCGAACUGUCAGUGAUAGAUAAUUGCAGCAAAGAUGGAGGCCCAGGGCGAGACCAGCCCAAGGCUCCCAGUGCUUUUCUGCCCUCUGCACACACAGGAGGGGUUGCUUGUGCUCUUCCAGCAUCCAUAGAAACGGGGCAUGGUCACAGAGAUAGGAAAUGUGGGCUUGCUGAUCCCACAAGAAGUGGAGCUGGGGUAGAUGGGGGUCAGGGGACAGGAGAGUCUGAGUCGGAGCCCAGGCGUGCGUUAGGAGAGAACAGCACAGAGCUGGCAGGGGCAGGUGCCCUGCCUUCUGGGGUGCCCGAGGAGGACCGGAGCCUACCUGGUGAGGUCAGAGUCCUAGGGACAUGUGCAGAGGGGAGGCAUUUUACAACAUUUCCUGUAAACCAAAAGAAAGAGUCUGAGGAAGGUUCUGCUCCAGUUAAAAUUCCUGACUUGCUGGGCGACACCGCACAAGAGCCCAGUUUCUGUGAGGACCUGCAUGCUGAAGACAGAGACCCCAGGGGCCCAGGUAGUUUGAGUAAGGACGUGGGUCUGCCUCUUUUGCCUCCAGAAAGCAGAAAGGAUAAAUUGGAAGAAAUGAGUGUGGCUUCUAAAACUACAGAAUGGGAGUACACUUCCUUGGCAGCACCAGAACUCCAGGCCGAUUGCUUAGAUGGCAAAGCAACAGCUGCUCGGGCCAGGGUGGCAGAUGAGUCAGUGGGGACUGCUUCCCAGGGUCCUGGGCACCCAGAACCCAAUGAUCAGGUCUUGGAGGCACCUCAGGAAAUGACAGAACAAUCUGACCGGAAGGCUGUGGGAGAAGGGAGGAAGGAAGAACCAGUGAAGGGUUACAUGAGGCCCACCAAGGCCCGAGGACUCGCUGCACCCCCGCCGAAGUCUGCGCUUCAGGAACGGGAGAGGUCCAAGCCCCUCCGGCCCAGCGGAGUAGCUAAGCCGGAAGAUGGGUGGCCGGCUGUGGGCGUGGCCGGAAGUGACGUCACCGCACCGCCCAGCAAGGAGCUCCCGCCGAGCCCAGGGAAGAAGGCAAGGCCUUUGGCCACCACUCAGCCUGCAAAGACUUCAACAUCGAAAGUCAAAACACAGCCCACUUCUCUCCCUAAGCAGCCAGCUCCCACCACCUCUGGUGGACCGAAUAAAAAACCCAUGACCCCUGCCUCAGGCUCAGUGCCAGCUGUCCCACCCAAACGCCCCACGGCCACCACCGCCAGGCCCUCCACUUUACCUUCAAGAGACCUGAAGCCCAAGCCUACUGCGGAGGCAAAGGUCCCCGAGAAGCGGGCCUCGCCCCCCAAGCUGGCCUCUGCCCCAGCCUCCAGGCCUAGCUCCAGGAGUGCCCAGGUGGCUCCCAGAGGCACAGCAGCCGUCACCCAGGGGGCUGGCGGCAGGAGCCCCCCAGCAGCCCUGCCCAGGAGGCCCCCAGCUGUCAGGACUGAGGGGAGGCCUGCAGAUGUGAAGAAGGUGGCACCAGCUGACUCCGGUCGCUCCAAGAGCACCACCACCAGUUCCCCGAAGAGGACUGUCCCUGCGCCUGGGGCAGCGCUCCCUGCUGGGGGUGCUCCAGGUCGCGUCAAGCCUGCAUCCACGCCUGUCCGGCCCUCUGGGACGCCUCCAGUGGACAAGAAGCCCAUGUCAGCCAAGCCCAACUCUUCUGCCCCCAGGGUGGGCCUCCUGGCUGCCCGGACCUCUGCCUCUGAUUUGAAGAGUGUCCGCUGCUUGGAGAACAACAAGCAUCAGCCAGGAGGAGGCCGGGCCAAAGUGGAGAAGAAAACAGAGGGGGCUGCUCCCACUCGAAAGCCCGAACCCAGUACAGCUGCCAAGACCUCGGGCCCAGCUGUGGGUGUGCAGAGACUACCUGCCGGGAAAGUCCAGAUAGUCUCCAAAAAAGUGAACUACAGCCACAUCCAGUCCAAGUGUGGCUCCAAGGACAAUAUUAAGCACGUGCCUGGAGGCGGCAGUGUCCACAUCCAGAACAAGAAGGUGGACGUCUCCAGGGUCUCCUCCAAGUGCGGCUCCAAGGCCAACAUCAGGCACAAGCCAGGUGGAGGAGAUGUCAAGAUCGAAAGUCAGAAGCUGAACUUCAAGGAGAAGGCCCAGGCGAAGGUGGGGUCUCUGGACGUGGGCCGCCUGUCUGCAGGGGGCGCUGCCAAGACAGAGGGCAGUGGCAGCGAGGCCCCUGCAUGUUCCAGUCCCCCAGCUGGGGUGGAGCCAGCCACCACCGAGGCAGCACCCGAAGCCAGCGUCCCCUCCUCAGCCAGUGGCCUCAGUGGCCACGCCACCCUGGCCAGCGGGGAUGACCAAAGGGAGGCCCAGGCCUUGGACAGCCAGAUCCAGGAGACAAGCAUCUAAUGAUGACAUUCUGGUCUCGUCUUCCAUCCCCCAUGUCCCCGUCUGUGUCCCUUGUUACCCUCUCCCUUCCCUCCUCCCGUGUCCCUGCAGAUUGAGACCUACAGGCUGAUGUUCCAGGCAAAUGCCAGGGCCCGCAUCGACCACGGGCCGACAUUGUCUCCUGCUCCCCUGCCCUGGGGGCCCCAGCUCAGGCCUCCCCACCGCCCGCCCACCACUUUCUCCCUUGCUUGCCCAGGGCAGUAGACCCUUCCCCUCGCUUUGCUCCUGCCACCUGCCCAAGCUCUGUGGAGGCUGGGCAGGGGAGCUGGGGAACCCAAUUCCAAUCUCCUUUUGCUUGUUUGGGUUUUUUUGGACCAAACCCAAGAGAAACUGACACGCUUCCCUCCUCACGGGGUCCCCAGGACGGAGGGUGGAGGCAGCGUCCGUGUGAGGGCGAGGGCGCUGCCUGCACCUUGGAGCCCCUCCCUGUGACCCUGCAGCGGUGCCCACUUGUGCCCUUGCGACGUUAGGGUCAGGGCGGCCCUGCUGCCUCCCACGCCUGCCCGGCUGCUGUCAUGCUUUUUUCUUGUUUUAACCUAAGGACGGUGGAGUUGUGCAGGUUGGAGCCAGGUCUAAGCGAAAGUCCUCAGUAGGUGUUAAGGGGAUGGGGGAGGUCCUCAGGCCCUGGCCAGUAGUCAGGCUGGGGCGUUUUGCCCGGUGCGGAGGUGGUGAGGGACUGCGGCUGGUGAGCAUGUAGGGCUGGUCAGUGUGGACUGUGGUUCUGGCACUUUGUGCGUGUGCUGCUUCUCUUCUCUAACCAAGAGGCUGGCUUGGCAUCUGUGUCUCAUUCCCUGGAUCUGGUGGGAGAUACACGGUCAGGGCUGGAGAAUGGACAGGCCAGGAGGUCGAUGCCCAGGCCGCAGGCCUGCUUGGCACUCGUGCCCAGGAGCCCAAGAUGUCCAGACUGGUGUGGACAAUGGGGAAUCAGAUCUGGAAAUUUAAGUGCAAAGGCAUGAGAUGAGCCAUCCACCUCCCUGGAACCUGGCUGGAGGCGUCCCAGCCCUGUGGUCCAGGGAUUGCUGCAAUGACGGGGUCCAGGAAAUUGCAUUGACACACAGAUUCUUAUUGCACUUGUACUUUUUGUAUUAAAGUUUGCAUGGUUUCUAAUAAAGGAGUAAAGCCUAAGUCUGUAGUGAAGUGGCAUGUCCUGGGGGGCACACCCUCUGCAGGACAGUCCACCCCCCACCCCCGCUCCCAGGCCCCUCCAAGGAGGUAGGAGUUAGGGGCUCUUGGGCCAAGGUUCAGACUCGACCCCGGUAGAGGGCGGGUGUUGGCCAGGCAGCUCCCCCACGUCUGGACCACUGUUUUCUGGGGGGAGUGACACCAUGCCCCCACUCCCCAAGCACCUACCGGAUGUUGCAGCAUCUCGUGGACAAAGGGCUCCCUGAGCCGGAGCCGCCGCACGCUGACCGCUUCGGCCACACCAGGGCAGCAGGGCGCGCAUUUGUUCAGGAGGAGCAAGGGGUGAGGUGGAGCUGGGGGAGAAGGAAGUGGUGCGGCGUGAGGGCGCAGCACGGGGCCCGCGGUCACUGGCCACGAGGUCCGUGAGCCUGCCAGCCGGCUGUGCAGCUCUGGCUGGGGGCGGGUGGGCUUGUUGCAGGUGGACCCAGGCCGGUGCCGCUCUGUGGGGCUGGUGGCCCAAUGUGACCUGUGUCGUCUGCUUGAGACUGUUGCAAUGACUCCGAGUAAAUAAAGCUCACGGUGUCCCACCCAG